AUGUAAACAUUAAUAAAUGAUACUCUAAUUGAUUCGACAAAUAUUGCAAAUAUUGAAUAUCAUUCUGAAUCAAAUAAUUUUGAUUUAAGAUUUUUAUCUAUAACUAUUGAUCCAUACAAAUAAAAUAAUCAAACCAAUUAAAUUUAGAUUUUUUGUCACCUUAAUGAUUAAUCUGACACUUUGUUAUAUUAUAUUGAAAUUAAAGGUAUAUUUGCUAAUUAGGGGAGUGUUAUUUUUAAUCAGGUUGUUAAAUAUGUUAACCAAGCUAAGGAUAUUAUUCUGUAACAAAUUGAUACAAAAUGUUCUAUUUUUUAUUAAAAUAAAUUUCAAUUUAUAACUUCAAAUUAGAUUUAACUCAAGAAGGGUUAUUGUAGACCUAAUUAUUAAUCUGAUUUGAUUGAACAAUGUUUCAAAUUUGUUGAUUUUGUGAAGGAUGAUGGGUUAUGUCAGAUAAUUUAUGUUUAGCAGAACAUAUUGGAGGUUUGUGUGAAGAAUGUGACAUGUAUGAUAAACGAGGACAAAGAAAUUAUUUUUAAAUUAAUUAAACAAAUCUUGUUAAGAUUGUAGAGAUGCAAUUAAUAGUGUAUUUCCUUUUGUUCUUACAUCAAUAUGGUAUUGUAUAAUAAUAUGAUUUAAUAGGGCCCUUAUUUCAACUCUUCUAACUUUAAGAAGUAUUGA